UUCGUGUGCGUGUGUGCUCCUCCUCCUUCAUUGUGCAUGUUGCGUCCUCCACUCCGGCAGCGGACCGGGCCUCGCUUCCCAAGUCACGGCCGUCACAUCGGCGCCUCUGCUCGGCUCCAGCUCGACGACAUGCAGUGGACGCGCCGCGCACGAGUGCCAGCGCCCAAAGAGGACUCGAGCGCCAGCAGACUUGAGCUCUCACCGGCCCCUCGCUCUACCAUGCCGCUUCUAUCCGCACCUCACCAUCACAUUGCAUUUUACUUAACAGCAGUGGUGCACGCACGGAGAAUGAAGGCGGAUCUCUACCACUUGGUAUAAGUCUUUUUUUUUUUUUUUUCCUUUUUUUUCAUUUGCGCGAUUGACAGACAUCAACGAAAGGCAGCAAGAGGCACCAAAAGGAAGCAGGGCGCCGAGAUGGGCUGCAUCAAGAGCAAAGAGGACAAAGGCCCCGCCAUCAAGUACGGCCCGGAGAACCCUUCGCUGUCCGACCCCAACGCCGCCCCCUCUGCCGCCCCGCCCCACAUGGGCCACUAUGGGCCUGAUCCCACCCAGCUCCAACCAAGUCUAGCACCAUCCGCCUCCUGCUGCUCCGGUGGCGCUAACUUCAACUCUGCCUUCACACCCUUCGGGGGAUCCUCAACCGCUAUGACCCCUUUCGGGGGGGCGUCCUCCUUCACCGGUCCUGUGUCCAACUCCUUCACUGGUUCUGUCCCAAGUGGCGUGACCUUCUUUGUGGCACUGUACGACUACGAGGCCAGAACGUCGGACGACCUGUCGUUCAAGAAAGGCGACCGCUUCCAGAUCAUCAACAAUACGGAAGGAGACUGGUGGGAAGCUCGCUCCAUCACCAGUGGGAAGAAAGGCUACAUCCCCAGCAACUACGUGGCGCCUGCAGACUCCAUACAGGCUGAAGAGUGGUACUUUGGGAAAAUGGGCCGUAAGGACGCUGAGAGAUUGCUGCUGAAUCCAGGGAAUCAUCGAGGAACGUUCCUGGCGCGAGAAAGUGAAACCACGAAAGGUGCUUUUUCUCUCUCCAUUCGCGACUGGGAUGAAGCCAGAGGCGACAACGUGAAGCACUACAAGAUCCGCAAGCUGGACAGCGGCGGGUACUACAUCACCACGCGAGCGCAGUUUGACACCUUGCAGAAACUCGUCAAACACUACACGGAGCAUGCUGACGGCCUGUGCCACAAGCUCACCGCCGUUUGCCCCACGGUCAAACCUCAGACGCAGGGUCUCGCCAAGGACGCCUGGGAGAUACCCCGGGAAUCCCUCAGGCUGGAGCUCAAGCUGGGCCAGGGCUGCUUUGGAGAGGUCUGGAUGGGUACGUGGAACGGCACCACCAAAGUGGCCAUCAAGACGCUGAAGCCGGGCACCAUGUCGCCCGAGGCCUUUUUGCAGGAGGCUCAGAUCAUGAAGAAGCUGCGACACGACAAACUGGUGCCGCUGUACGCUGUGGUCUCAGAGGAGCCCAUCUACAUCGUCACCGAGUACAUGGCCAAAGGCAGCUUGCUCGACUUCCUCAAAGAAGGCGAUGGAAAGUUCCUGAAGCUUCCCCUACUAGUGGACAUGGCUGCACAGAUCGCCGACGGCAUGGCGUUCAUUGAGAGGAUGAACUACAUCCACCGGGACCUGCGCGCUGCCAACAUCUUGGUUGGUGACAACCUGGUGUGCAAGAUCGCCGACUUUGGCCUGGCCAGGUUGAUAGAGGACAACGAGUACACGGCGAGGCAAGGUUCUGGAAGACCCCGGAAGAGGACACUUGGGCGCCCUCUGGUGGAGCUAAAGUCUGUUCACGUCCCAUUCAGGAGCCAAAUUCCCCAUCAAGUGGACGGCACCGGAGGCGGCGCUGUACGGACGCUUCACCAUCAAGUCGGAUGUGUGGUCCUUCGGCAUCUUGAUCACAGAGCUCGUCACCAAAGGCAGAGUGCCCUACCCCGGCAUGGUGAACCGCGAGGUUCUGGAGCAGGUGGAGCGCGGCUACCGAAUGCCGUGCCCGCAGGGUUGCCCCGAGUCGCUGCACGACAUGAUGAAGCUGUGCUGGAAGAAGGAGGCGGACGAGCGGCCCACCUUCGAGUACAUCCAGUCCUUCCUGGAGGACUACUUCACCGCCACCGAGCCCCAGUACCAGCCUGGGGAGAACCUAUAGCGGACCACGGGGGGGUGGAGAAAAAAAGUUGACUGUUAAAAUGGGUGACGACUUGCAUCAUACACUCGCUAAUCUACACUGCUGGUCACAACAUUAGGUACACCUGCACAAUUCAAUAAAAUCCAACAGCUGUGACGAAGAUUCUGCCUUUACAAAGCUAACGUCGUAAAAAGAUUUACAAUGAUAACUAUCCAGGUGCAUCUCAAUAAAUUGGAAUUUCAGAGACAUUUAUUUCAGUAGUUCAAUUCGAAAAGUGAAACUCAGGCACAUGACCUCCAGAGGCAGAAAAUAUGUAAAAUAGUUCAUUUUAACAACAAAGUAAUAAUUCAGUCUCACUUUAUUAUUUAACUGUCUUUCAUUUACCCAUUAUUUCACAAAAUGAAGUUGAUGAUGGGGGGAAAAGUUUCAAUGUGUAUGUAAGAUACAAUAAUACUUAUUCUAUCUUUUAAUUGUAUUAUUUAUGUCUAAUAUAAUUAUAAUUAAUCGACCUAUUUUUUUAUUUUAAAAGAAAAUCUAUUUUAAUUGUUUGUAUUUAUAAUUUUUUUGUAUUAUUUACAAUAAAUCAAUUAUUUAAUGAGUUAAAUUAAUAAAAACAAAUACAUUUAAAUGAAUUAACUUUAAAAUGAAUGCAACAAAUAUUAUAAGCCUCUUGAUGAUUUAAAUGUUUGAUGGCCUGGAUUACAGAACUGAGAGGGCCGUAUGUGGGCCCCAAACCAUACUUUGCCCACCCAUGAUAUAUAUUAUAGAUUCAUUACACACAGAGAAAUACUAAAUGAUUUUUGUUUUUUUACAAUAUUGGUAACUAUAACAAAAACCCCAACCUCGCCCUCCCAAGAAGUAUUUUCCUUUGUGAAAUGAAUCUGGAUAUUGUACGAGUUUCACUUUAUAAACUGAACUUUUUGAUAUAAUUUAAAUGAACUUAUCCACCCUACUCUAAUUUAUGCGGAUGCACCCGUAUUUAGUAAUUACGGUUGCGGCAUGAAAUACAGCCACAAAAUUGACGAAAACUAACAAAGGUAAAUCAAAUUACAAAUUAUUCGAUCGUACGGGUGUACGUACCCGAGUGUCCGUUGGUGUUUAUUUAUGCUGUGCGUAUGCUAGCCAGGAGAGAACCAAUGGCCGCAAAUUUGAAAUCUCGCCGGAUUUGCAGCGGUGUUUAACAAGGUAGCGUGGUAAAUUAUGCAUUGAAAGCAUUAAUUAUGAAUAAAGCUACAAUGGAGAGUCCCGCCGGGGAUCGACGGCCUUCUGUCAUAACACGUGAUCCAUAUCAGGUGGUUUUAAUACCAACCGUGCAUUCCAAGGCCUUUAAUAUCCAUAUGUUUCUGUCAUACAUGCUUGAAAUGGCAACUUUUACAUUGAUUUUUUUUUAAUAUACUGUAUAUUCUGACAGGAGUGUGGACUAAACCUCUUGAAAAUGUGACUGAACCUUGAGCUACUUUAUGUAUGUACGUCAAGCAGCAUUGCAAUAUACAGUAACUUGUUUAUGUACCGAUUUCCCUGGUGGGAAUGACGUUAUUGAGCUUUGUAUAUGAUGGGAAACCUUUUAUAUAGAUAUAUAUAGAUAUAGAUAGAUAGAUAGAGAUAGAUCGAUAAGCUAAUUGAUAAUGGAAACUCGCCAUGGGGAUUUGUACAAUAAACGAAUGAGUCGG